AGCCUGUCCCACCACCAGUUAGACUACAGGAUACUACUGAUGGAUGAAGAUCAAGACCGGAUAUAUGUGGGGAGCAAAGACCACAUCCUGUCCUUGAAUAUCAACAAUAUCAGUCAAGAACCUUUGAGUGUUUUCUGGCCAGCAUCAGCAAUCAAAGUUGAAGAAUGCAAAAUGGCUGGCAAAGACCCUACACAUGGCUGUGGGAAUUUCGUCCGUGUUAUCCAGGCCUUCAACCGUACUCACCUUUACGUCUGUGGGAGUGGCGCGUUCAGCCCGGUGUGCACUUACCUAAACAGGGGAAGAAGAUCCGAGGACCAAGUUUUCAUCAUUGACUCUAAGUGUGAAUCUGGAAAAGGAAGAUGCUCCUUCAACCCCAAUGUGAACACUGUGUCCGUUAUGAUCAAUGAGGAACUAUUCUCGGGAAUGUACAUAGAUUUCAUGGGAACAGACGCUGCUAUCUUUCGAAGUUUAACUAAAAGGAAUGCGGUCCGAACUGAUCAGCACAAUUCAAAAUGGCUGAGUGAACCUAUGUUUGUGGAUGCACAUGUUAUCCCAGAUGGUACUGAUCCAAAUGAUGCUAAGGUGUAUUUCUUCUUCAAAGAAAAACUGACUGACAACAAUCGGAGCACCAAACAGAUUCAUUCCAUGAUUGCAAGAAUAUGUCCUAAUGACACCGGCGGACAACGUAGUCUUGUCAACAAGUGGACCACAUUCUUAAAGGCAAGACUGGUGUGCUCCGUCACAGAUGAAGAUGGCCCUGAGACACAUUUUGAUGAAUUAGAGGAUGUGUUUCUGCUAGAAACUGACAAUCCGAGGACCACCCUUGUGUAUGGCAUCUUCACCACGUCCAGCUCUGUUUUUAAAGGAUCUGCAGUGUGUGUAUACCAUUUAUCUGAUAUUCAGACUGUAUUCAAUGGGCCUUUUGCUCACAAAGAAGGCCCCAAUCACCAGCUGAUAUCCUAUCAAGGCAGAAUUCCAUAUCCUCGCCCUGGCACUUGCCCAGGCGGGGCAUUUACACCCAACAUGAGAACCACCAAGGACUUCCCAGAUGAUGUUGUCACCUUUAUUCGCAACCACCCUCUCAUGUACAAUUCCAUCUACCCCAUCCACAGAAGGCCUCUGAUUGUCCGCACGGGCACCGACUACAAGUACACGAAGAUAGCCGUAGACCGCGUGAAUGCUGCUGAUGGACGAUACCACGUCCUCUUCCUGGGGACAGAUCGGGGCACUGUGCAGAAGGUGGUAGUCCUUCCAAGCAACAGCUCUGCCAGCGGGGAGCUCAUUCUGGAGGAGCUGCGAGUCUUUAAGAAUCAUGUUCCCAUAACAACAAUGAAAAUUUCAUCCAAGAAGCAACAGUUGUAUGUGAGCUCCAUUGAGGGGGUUUCCCAGUUGUCUCUGCAUCGCUGCCACAUCUAUGGAACAGCCUGUGCUGACUGCUGCCUGGCUAGGGACCCCUACUGUGCCUGGGAUGGCCACUCCUGCUCGAGGUUCUACCCGACUGGGAAGCGGAGGAGCCGAAGACAAGACGUGAGACACGGGAAUCCACUGACACAAUGCCGGGGGUUCAAUCUGAAAGCUUAUAGAAACGCCGCUGAAAUUGUUCAGUAUGGAGUACGAAACAACAGCACUUUCCUUGAGUGCGUCCCGAAGUCUCCGCAGGCAUUGGUCAAAUGGUUGUUGCAGAAAGAUAAAGACAGGAGGAAGGAGGUUAAGCUCAAUGAACGCAUUAUAGCCACUUCCCAAGGCCUGCUGAUUCGCUCUGUUCAGGAUUCAGACCAAGGGCUGUAUCACUGCAUUGCCACAGAGAACGGUUUCAAGCAGACUAUUGCCAAGAUUAACUUCAAAGUUUUAGAUUCAGAAAUGGUGGCCGUUGUGACCGACAAGUGGUCCCCAUGGACAUGGGCGGGCUCUGUGAGGGCUCUACCCUUCCAUCCAAAGGACAUCCUGGGGGCAUUCAGCCACUCGGAAAUGCAACUCAUCAACCAGUACUGUAAAGACACCCGGCAGCAACAUCAGCAGCUGGGAGAGGAACCCCAGAAGAUGAGGGGGGACUACGGCAAGCUGAAGGCUCUCAUCAACAGUAGAAAGAGCAGGAACAGAAGGAAUCAGCUUCCGGAGUCAUAAACAUUCAUCAAUGGAGCUGUGCUUUCAGUAACAAAUGCUCUGUCUUCACUGGUCAACUACUGAGCAAAGUCUCGAGCUUUCCCCAUGAGAAAUUACUGACAAAAGCGGGAGACUCGCUCUCAAGUGUGUUCUCUGUGAACUGAAAUGAGCAGGCAUCUUCUUGUAUGAUACAGACCUAGCACUAGACAUGUCAUGGUCCUCAUGGUGCAUAGAAAUAUUUAACUUAUCCCAGAUUUUAUUUAUAUCUUUAUGUGUCUUUUCUUCAACAUCAGUGCAGCGACAGAAGCAGAACUGUUACACCCUCGACUGAGCGAGGGACAUAAAUGACCCUGUGCUGUUCCUUCCCCGCCCUAGGGGGUUCAGCUUUGUUAAUUGUCGGUGGUUUUUAUACAUGAAAACGAAUUCCAGUUCACAAUUUUCACAUAGUAAAUGUCAUAUAAAUGCAUGUGACAGAAUAACCAUCCAAAAAAAAGUCGUGUAGGUUAGACAAAUGACGGAGAAGAGAGCAUCCAGAUGUUAUUUAAAAACAAGAGUGACUCAUAUAGAGAACACGAUGAGUUCAUAUGCUUCCAGUGGGUUCUAUUCUUGCUUUUUCCUUUAAGAUUGUAAUAUGUGCCAGCUGCUGAGAUCUGCCAUCAGUCUUUGUCCUCUUGGUUCAGGAAGAGAAAAUGAAUAAUCUGUGCCAGCCAGGCCUUUGAUGGGAGAGGUAUCAGUGAGGCAUUGACAUUUCUACUGUUUAUGUUACAUCUUCCAAACAAAAGCACUUUGAUUCUUGGAAGUUAUUUAAGUUAUUAUAGACUUGUAUAUGCUCUUACAUUAUUUAACUGACUUACUGAUUGAUUUUAAUUUCCUAGUCUUCUUGGCAAAUUAAGCAAAACAAGGAGAAAACAUUGUGAAAACAUCCAACUUCUCCACGCGGAGUGAAGCUAUCAGAAUGUUUGGAUUGUUUUAUGAGAAAACUGCACUAAAAUUAUUUUCUCCACUUUUAGAACUAAAUGGGUAAAUUAUGGGAAAUUUCCUCAUACUUCUUUUAAUGAUAGAACUUAGAUUUUUCAAAGAUAAAUCAAUUUUAAUACAGGUUUAAAUACAUGUUUAAAUUUCCAGAAAGAAAGAGAAAUGAUACCAAAUACUAUUGAAACACACUUCUUAUUAACAGUUCAUAAAGAAGGUAAUGAAAGGGGAUCAGCUUUUUUUUGAGUAUUGUGAACAAAAUGCAGGGAAGGAAAUCAUGAUUAGGGAGGGGUGUAAGUUGGUGGUAGGUUGUAGGUUACAUGUUUAGCAUGCACAAGAACCUGGGCUCUAACACAAGGAAAGGAAGAAAAGUAGGGAAGAGGAAAAUCAGGCCGGCAAGAAGGAAAGACAGACACAAAAGAAGGAAAAGCAGAGAGGAAGAAAAAGAAAGGGAAAGAUGGAGAGAUUGUACUCAUUAUCAGAAGAUAACGAUGUGUUUAAUAAGAGAUGGUAAAUUUUGGUGUUCUAAGAGGCACCUCAAUGUUGUAAAAAACAACAGUUUAGAGAGCAUGAAUGUCAUCCAGUUCUGAUUUUAAACUGUUGUUCCAAAUGCAUACUGUGCUACAAUAAUCUAUAGUGUUCCCAUACGUAAACGGUUUGUGUGCCUAAAACGUUCACAUUUUAAU